AUGGGUAUCUUGUUCAAAUCGCAGGAACUGUUUCGGCGCAUGGGAGCACCAAGGUGUUUGCCGGUCGCCCGCAAGUCCACCAAACAGCCGAGCCCCCGUGACGCUGUGCAGAAGCUGACGGACGAAGUUGAGCAGCUUCUCUGCAGCCCAAGCUCGUCUGAGUCGCCAUCAAAGAAGACCGAAGAUCUUUGGAAGGACGUGCACAACCAUCUGCGCACCAUCUUGAAUUUGCUGAAGGACCAGCGGAAGGGACUGAGGCAAAGAGCGAAGGGCCAGGCUGAAGAAGCAGCCCCUGCGCAGCUUGUCCUGCCUCAUUUUUCUCUAGAGACGCCAUCAAACUCAAGGGCCACAUCGCCCAGGAAUGCUGAUGGUGAGAAAGGGACGAGCCCUGCCAUUCCGAGAUCUGUAGAAGACUCCGGACAUGAGCACGAGGCGUCCAUCAACUUUGAGUGGCAGUUUGACAUCCUGAAUCAUUUACCCCGGGACACUGCUCUGGCAUUGAUGGAUUUCCUCAAGUCACAGCAGCGUGAACUGUCCAAGACGUCACGCUACGCCAACGAACUGACCCGGUCCAACAAAGAGCUGCACAAGCGCUUGCAGCAGAAGGACCAGCACAAGCGUCCUUACUGUCGAUGGACGAUUCUUCUGGUUCUUCUUGCUGUGUGUUUGUGCAUGGUGGCACUUGUUGCCACGCGCGAAGAAUCCUUUGCUCCCCCAUUUCAGCGGCAGCUGCUCAAUGGUCUUGAUGCAGUUCGUGCAAGCAUCAGUGACGAGGCCGCGCUGCCCCCCGCGGUGGCGCCCACAGCCGCUGUUGGCGAUGGGAGCUGGCCAGAGGCCCAACGGUGGGCUCGGCAGACCCAGAUUCUCCAACAAGGAGAAGGGUCUGGAAAGAUUAAGGAGACCACCGUGCGUGAGAUGACCCUCCGCGAAACCACCACGAGAGAAUACGAUCCGAAGAUCAUUCAGCAGCUUCAAACUGAGAACUUGCAGAUGAAGUUGCAGUUGGAGAGAGACUUUGGCUCGACAUCGACGAUGCGGAGAAGAAAGGACAAGAUCACGUUUGUUACGCAAGAUCAGCUGCGUGUUCUCGAGCAAUUCCUUGCUGCAGAUCUGCCAGUGCAACUGCUCUCACAGCUCAACAGCCUGGAGUUCGAAGUGCGAAAGGAUGUGAUGAACGUCUGCUGUGCCCUCCUCUGGCCAGAUCUGCCCGAAGAAGUGGCUGCCCAGGUCAUGGACUAUGUUCGGUUUCACCCAACAAUUUUUGCCAAGCUGAUGGACAGCUACGCGAAUGAGGAGGCUGCCUUGUACUCGGGUGUGGUUCUCCGCUCCUUCUUUCGGUAUGGGCAACUUGUGGAGAGCUUCCUCAUCAGCGGAAAAGUUUAUGACUUGAUCGGCUACGCCAGGCAUCCUAGCAUGGACGUGGCUGCGGAUGCGAUCUACACGCUUCGGACAGUGAUGCUCGAACACAAAGAGGUUUCAGGUCCAUGGCUUCAGGCCAACUACGACGAGUUCUUCCUUUUGUAUACCCCGCUCCUUGAGUGCCAGGACUAUGUUGUGGAGCGACAGGCAUUGACACUUCUGGCUGCCAUGUUGAUGGAUCGGAAUUAUCAGAGGGUUAUGAUGAACUUCGUCAACAACGAACAGCAUCUGAAGACGUUCAUGAACCUUUUGCUGGCGGACUCUCAUGCCAUCCAAGCAGAAGCAUUCCAUGUGUUCAAGAUAUUCGUGGUGAACCCGCAGAAGCCAGCGCGAAUUCAGCAGAUCCUGGUAAAAAACAAGGACAAACUUGUCACGCUCCUCCAAUCUCUGCACGCUGUGCGGACGGACGACACAAACUUCACAUGCGAUCUGGAGAAGGUCAUCAAGCGCUUGCUGUCCUUGACCUCAUCGCAUUCCCUGAAACGGCCACAUGUGAGUCACUUGAGCAGAACCAGCAGCUCCAUAUCCGUGGCUACAACAACAUGUGACACCGAGAGCACCGGGUAUGAGAACCCGUGGGACCCCAUCAAGUCCACACUGUCGCCGCCAGCGGUCCUCGCGCUCUAA